GCCAUGGCCAUGGCGAGGCGCGCCGCGAAGGGGCUGCUGCUGCUGGAGGCGGCGGGGCUGCUCGGCGCCCUCCUGCUCUACCGCGCCAUGGACCGCAGCCAAGAUUUCAGAUACACAAUGCAGAAGAGGUUUCCAUCAAUUCUGGAAGUUUAUUACAAAUCCAAUGAGUGGUCUGGAAUUCAUGGCAUAAGGGAGAAUGACCAGAUGACAUGGUUAAGCAGCAAGAACUGAACCCUCUGUGCCUGAACUGUUUCUUCCUUUUGAUGAUGCUUUUCACAUCCCUGUUGUGAAGCCACUUGUCACGCUCUAUUUCCCACUGGAUCUGUUUGACAUCUGUAGGAGGAAAGGUGAGAAAUAAGGAGCCGAU